AUGACGACCAACAAUGAGAACACACAGUACAUCAAUGGACGCCAUGAAGAGACAGUAGGCCGACAUGCGAGCGAGACCACCCCGCUGUUGGGGUCUCAGACGGUACAGAAAACAUCGUAUGUGACCUUUGCCGGUCAAAUUAAUGACGACUCAUGGACUCCUCCACGAGGCUUCUGGUGGAUAGAGACUGCCCUCUGGGCCAAUGUCUUCCUGUCUGGGUUCGACGGAACCAUCACAGCAUCGACUUAUGCUGCCAUCAGCUCUGACUUUAACGCCGCCAACAAUGCUGCGUGGCUGACGACGUCGUACUUGAUCACCAGCACGGCCUUCCAGCCGUUGUAUGGUCGCUUUUCUGACAUGUUCGGACGUCGGAUAUGCUUCUUCAUCUCCACAGUGACCUUCAUGGUAGGAUGCUUAGGUUGUUCACUGGCGCAGAGCAUGUUUAUGCUUGACUUGAUGAGGGCAGUGACUGGCUUCGGAGGAGGUGGGCUUAUCACGAUGGCAACCGUCGUGAACUCCGACAUGAUCCCCUUCAAGAAGAGAGGAAUGUACCAAGCGAUGCAAAACAUACUUGUCGGGUUCGGUGCCGUACUUGGUGCCUCACUCGGCGGUGUAAUUGCGGAAAGCAUCGGUUGGAGAUGGUGCUUUCUGCUGCAGGUGCCUGUAUCCGUUCUGGCGCUAGUCGUUGGGUACCUUGUUCUGGAAAACCCACCCUGCAUGAUCCCAACAGUAGAUCCCAAGAACCAAUUCCGUUCUGCUCUGCAGCGUCUGGAUCUGUCUGGCGCCGUCACUCUAGUCUUUGGUCUGGUCGCCCAGCUUUUAGGAUUGAGUCUCGGUGGUAAUGAGUAUCCAUGGGGAAGUCAGAUCGUCAUUGGGUCGCUUCUCGCCAGCAUGGUGUUCCUGGCUAUCUUUGUUGCCAUCGAGGCAAAUACGAAAGCCAUUCCCAUGAUUCCCCUUCGCAUGCUGCGGGGCUGGCAGCCGAUUGCUGUACAGAUGUCAAAUGUGUUCUCUGGCAUGGCAGCGUAUGCGUAUAUGUUCAUGAUCCCUCUAUAUUUCCAAGCUGUCCGGGGGGAUUCCCCAUCAGAAGCUGGGAUGAAGCUAAUGAUCCCAGCCAUGGCUACCCCCAUUGGAGGCGUUAUUGCCGGAUCACUCAUGUCUAGAGGACAUCCUCUUUGUGUCAAUGUUCGUUUAGGAACGGCUACGAUGCUGUUCGGCAACUUGCUCGCGAUGACAAUGGGCAUGACGGGGGAUCGGCGAAAGGAGUUCUUCUAUCUCCUGCCUGCUAAUAUGGGGCUUGGACUCACUAAUCCGAGCGUACUGUUUAGCUUCGUGUCUCUAUUUGAACACAGAGAACAAGCCGUUGCUACCUCAACGGUGUAUCUCAUCCGUUCCAUGGGCACCAUUUACGGUGUCACCGUAACUUCAGCCAUAGUUCAGAACAUCCUUCUUUCCAGAUUGCCCGGUACCCUCGGUGAUGCAGCGACAGAAGAGUUGAUCGAAAAACUCCGCAAGUCGCUCUUCUCACUGCAUGAGCUUCCUCCCGAUCUUGAAUGGGCUACUGGUGCGUUACGGAGGAAGCAAACGCCUCAAGAAGAGGAGGGACAAGAUCGCAAAAAUAGCAUGGAGCAAUCGGCGUAG